AUGCUCGGCUUCCACCGUCGAAUUCGCUCACUGAUCCCGGUCAAGGACCUGGCAAAGUAUGAAAAGCUCGCUGCCGUUGUUGGCGAAGAGGAGCAGCAGGACGUCGACUGCGAGUCAGUCGAGACCAACCAUACCCAACUAACUUGGAUAUAUGUCAUCUUUCUAGCAGAGGCGAUUAUGGCCUCGAGUCUCCAGCCGCAGCUCAAGAUGCUCAUCUCCAACAACGACUUCUGUGGUAACCUUUCAACGUCGUACCUGCGGAGUAUACUUGACUGCGCCUAUGCUUUCGGUGGCACCGCAGGCAUCUUUUGGGGCUACCUCGCCGACCGCAUUGGGCGCAAGCCCGUUGCCAUUGCAGGCUUGUUUGGCAUGUCAGUAUGCUGCCUGUCCAUGGGUUUCGCCACGAACCUGAUCGCCUGUGCCAUAUUUCGUUUCGCGGCAGGACUUGUCAGUUCUUCUGUCGUUGUCACUACCCUGAUCAUGCUAGGAGACAUCAGCCUCAGCCUGGAAGAAAGGGCUAAAAAUGUCGCACGUUUGCCUCUUGUCGCGGUGUGUGGCUCUAUCGGGCCUUUGAUGCAGAAUCUGGUUGCUGGAAGCGUCAACGACUACGGCGCCAUCUGGGAGAAGUAUCCCACCUUGAGCAGUCAAAUCGCGUGCGGGUCUCUGGUGCUGGCCAUUGCCAUUGCCGCCACUUGCGUGCUGCAGGAGACCCUCCCGAGUCUUGCUGCUGAUUCGUCUGAGGUGGACUGCGAAAAGGCUGCUUUCCUCGGCCAAACCAUCCAAGAAGAGUCCGUCGACUCACCCACAAUCCGCAUCGUGGACUUUAUCCGUCCCGAGCCCAUCUCUAUGGUUCAGUUCCUCCAAGCCCCAUCUCUUAUUGUCCUUCUCUGUUCUUUUUCUCUUCUCUCUCUUCAUGCCUCAACCUUUGAUGUCAUCCUCCCUCAUCUGGGUCACAGCAGCACGGGUCAUGGCGGAAUGGGCCUUUCCUGCGACUAUCUCGGUUGGAUUGUACUCGCCGUUCGUGCUGUUGCCGGUGCAAUCGUUUUACUGGCCGUGCCUCGAGCCGUCGGAGCCCUGGGUCUGCUCCGGCCUUUCCGUUGCUGCUCACUUGUCUUUCCGGCACUCUACGCCAUUACUCCUCUCAUGGCCUAUAUUGCCAUGUGCUCUUCGGUGACGGCCCUCAUUUCUGCCAUGUCCAUAUUGGUCAAACAUGCACUUAGCGGUGGAGCUCAGGUGUUAAUGACACUGCUUAUGCUCAACGCUGCGCCAGAUGCCUUUUCUGCCGGCACUGUCAUGGGCCUGAUGCAGGCGGCGUCGCUGUUCAAGGCGCUGGCCGUAGCCGUCAGCGGUGCCAGCUUCUACCUCAGCAAUGAUUUUAGCGUCGCGACGACCAACUACGCGCUUUGGAUCAGCCUGACGGUGUUCGGCGUAGUGGGUGCGGCGCUUGCGUGGUUUGUGAGGGAGCGGCCGAGCGUCGAGAGAGAUUUCCCGGCCGACGUGCUCUGCUGGGAGACGUGUUUUGACGCGGAGGGCGAAGGGCAAGCCUGA